GGGGGCGCUAAACAACCGCGUAUCGCUCCGGACCGACCUGCUCUCGACAGCUGAAGGACGAAGAAGAGGAGGAGCGCUGUCAUGGCGGCCAAGGUGGUGAUGGUGGCCGUUCCAACGGUGCUGGGAAUAGCCUCCAUCCGUGUGUACAGCGUAACCGAAACGCCCGCCGAAGGACUGGUUCCUCGUGAAAAGCUGAACAUCUACACACCAGAGUCUUCCCAGACCAAGUUUGCUCCACAUAAUCCAGGAGCCAUCGAGAGAAGGUUAACUACAACCAGAGAGAGCCUAAUACCGUUGGUCCAAACUGUAAAGGGUGCGUAUGUCUCUGUGAAAAGGGGAAGUAUUAAUCUUUACCAUGCAGGAGAAGAUGCGUACUAUUACUUGGUGGACCCUCCCCCAGAUUUCCUUCCCAGAUUUGGGACCAUCACCGUGGCUGGUCUGCUCGGCAUGUUCUUGGCGCGGCGAGGCUCUCGUUUUAAGAGGUUAGCAGUUCCCCUGGGCCUGAUGAGUGCCGGAGCAUCCCUGUGCUACCCAGCUCAAGCAGUGUCUGUGUUGAAGGUGACAGGAAAGAAGGUGUACGCUGUGGGGCAGUGGAGCGUCGCCGCGGCGUCUUCACUGCUCGCUUCCAAGCCGCCUGUCUCUUCACAGCAGAAGUCGGCUACAGAACCAAAGCCAGAGUCUGUUCCAGCUGAGGAGGCCUCAUCUCAGAGUCCUGCCAUCCCAGACGCAGAGGUUCUCAUCUCCCACGAACCGGCCGUCACUGUCACAACAAAGGAAGAGUCAUCAAUAACACUUACAGAAGUAUCUCCCAAUGCCACCCCAGAGGCAGGCACAGGAUCUUAUGCAAACUCUCUACCAGAAGAAACAAAGAGCUCUCCUCCCUCAGAGGGCCUGGCAGCGCCUGCUGGAAGCAGCGAGGCCUUGGAUUCAAAACAAGCAGCAGACGACGUCCCCGCUGACACGAGGCCAGUCGAGCCCACGCCCAGCCUAGAGCCGGAGACAAUAGAAGAGAUUCCAGCUGAGUCAGCCCUAGCCAAGUCUGCAGAAGUCCAGUCCACGCCCUCUGAAGUAACAUCUGCUAUAGAGGCCUUGGGCAAACUUAUAGAUGCAGCUGUUGAAUCACGUGAGCCGGUACCUGCAGCUGAAGCCAAGUCCAUCCCGGCUGCAGAGGACCCAACAAACCCCACCCUCACACCACCACCUCCACAACAGCCUGCCGCAGAAACCAGAAAAGAGGGCUCUGCUUUCAAGCCCAAGGCGGCCGACAUGGACUUCGGCCAGUCCAACCCUGAGGACGAAGACCUGUACAGCACACGCAGCUGAAACACCAAAACCAGCCAAAGAAGAGACGUUCCCACGCCGCCCUCUCGGAUCUCAUCC